UCCCUUCUCCUGACAGUCUUCCUCCUCCAACUCGCCAUCCAUCUCGUGAACACCUUCGGAGCCUCUUCGAUCAACGCACUGCUAUGGAACUUGUACAACAGUCUGCCAAUUUCAAAGUCCGAAUCCUCAGCAGAACAACGAGAAUUGAAGAGUCAAUACCUGAAGGUGCGGAAAGAGCUGAAUGCUACAAGCAGCCAAGACCAGUUUGCAAAAUGGGCGAAGUUACAGAGACAACAUGAUAGGCUUUUGGAGCAGUUGGACAAGAACAAAGCCUCUACAGACUCCACGAAAGCCACUUUCGAUAGUGCUGUAUCUACAUUGAGAUGGAUUGGCACAAAUGGUCUACGAAUGUUCCUACAAUUCUGGUACUCCAAGCAAGCCAUGUUCUGGAUCCCCAAAGGCUGGGUUCCAUAUUAUGCCGAAUGGCUCCUCUCCUUCCCACGGGCACCAUUAGGCAGCAUCAGCAUCCAAGCCUGGUUCCUAGCAUGCACCGCAAUCAUCAUCCUCGUC